CACCUCCCGUCAAGUGCCCACGCCAUUUCUGUCGUAUCCUCUUCCACAGUUGCAAGAGACACUGGCGACGCUGGCGCCGUGACUCUUAUCCCUCUUUUUCUCUCCAUUCGUUCACUGGUCGCUGGAGUGCGCGCACGAUGAGCACCGAUUUCCAAAUCACCAUCCCAGACCUUGAGGACUCCGACUUUGGUGCCUCCUCAACACCCUUCGGGCGCCAUGCAACUGGCUUUGGAAGCGCAGCUGCUGGCUCAGGCUUUGGGAGUUCGGGCGCUGGGUUUGGCUCUGGAUCUGGAUUCGGUAAUGCGGGAGGGAGCUUCAGCAGCAACGCUGGCGGUGGCGCCGCCUUCGGCGGCUCAGGGCUGGACUCGCCAACGUCGGCGACGCCCAUGGCCAUACCCGACCGCAACGAGCGCGGGUACUUCCAAUCGCACGGGCGAGGGGACUCCGUCGCGUCGAUCGACUCUGUCAGCUCCGCGACCGCCUCUAGCCGCUACACCGGGAAGACGACGCCGUUCGGCCACUCAUCACAGUCCUCUGUGACGACGGCCGCGACGUCUGCAUCGCCCUUCACGAAGAAGCCGUCCUUCGCCUCCCUUCGAAAUGCGUUCAAGAGCGGGAAGAGCAGCGAGCCCCCACCGGUCCCCUCCAUCGACUACCAAAGCCAUGUCAUGAAAAGCGCGUAUAACCGGUCCACGUCCUCCCUCACGAAGACAGCCAGGCCGGGCACGCCAGCCUCGAUGGAAACCAAGCACCGAGGAACACCCUCGCUCAGGAAAGGCCACGGUUACGCGCGCUCUCAGCACUCGCACUCAGGCUCAAUCUUCCACGCAUCUGAUCAAGGCAGCGAUGGGCACGGCGCUACUAUCCAUCACUCACCGCCGCCCGUCCCUCGCGUCCCUCAUGCGUUUGGGCAAGUCAGUCGCAGCGAAACGCCAGACUUCGAUGAGGACAAGGUCAUCAUGAAUCCGAAAACGCCGGCGGACUACGCGCUGCAUGCAGUCUUCAUCAGCUUCGCGGCGUCGGCGGAGGGGAAGAUAGAUGAGUUCCUGCGACAGCCACUGGAUCAGGAUCCAUUACUCCCCGAAUUCAUGGGUCCAGGGACCGACUCCGCGUUCGACGACACGCUUCAGUCCCUCGGCAAGAUCGCGUUCAAGCACACCAAAGCUGUCAUCGACUCCAUACUGCGCUGGCGCCGCAGUCAGAACGAGAAUGUCGGGUCGGACAUCAUUAAGUUUCACAUCAGCCAGCCGCCUGUGGCCUCGCGCAUCAUCCGCAUGAGCGACGUGCCCGGCUUGCUGAACGAGCGGAAGUCGCUCGCGUCUAUCUACAUCAUGUGCCGAUCCCUCAUCGCGGUUCUGCAAGCAAUAUCGGUGGCGAAGGAUGCGCUGAGCGAAAAUAUGGGCUAUAUGUUGUCGGAGAUGAUCUUUGAGCAAUUCAAGAAGCCGGAUACCAAGCAGUCGCCGAACCAUCGAACGAAUGCGGACCUGUAUGCGACUUUGUUGGGGCAUAUAGCGAAGGCGAAGUUCGUCAGCGUGACAGACAGAUUCGUGGCGGAGCUGGGGCCUAUCAUCCAAGGUCAGGUCAUACCGAAGGAGGUCGACUCGAAGUUCGACAAUGUCAUAAGGGCAAUGCGGUAUAUCCAGAUCAAGGUGUUUCCUCCAGAGGACUUCGAAGAGGGCGCGGAGUUCUUCGUCUCUGUCGCGAAGGCGUUUGGGAACACGCACGGGUUGCGGCUCAAGAGUACGUUCGCGGAAGCGCUCGUUCACAUAUUGCACCCCAUCGUAAAGACCGCUCAAGAGGAGACGAAUGUGCCCGACUGGGCUCAGGCGAUGGAGAUGAUCUACCCUAAAGCCCGCGACAUGGCGACAAAACCACGAUACUGGGGCGUGGCGUAUCCACUCGUCGUCACCAGCUUAUGCGCGGCGCCUCAAGACUACUUUCGAAAGAACUUCUCGUCCUGCUUCGAGACAAUUCUCUCGAAAGUCAAGGAAAAGUCCAAUCGGAUACCAGUCAUGAACGGUGUUCUGCGGUUGGUCUGGACCUAUUUGUAUCGCUGUCAGGAGCCACUGUCGACGACCACAACGAAGCUGGAUGGCAUACUGAAGUAUUUCUUCCCGCCGAAGGGCGCUGGCAUCUACCCGCACGACGAGCACCUGGAGCCCUUCAUCUACAUCGUUCACUUCAUCCUCUCGCGGCACUUCGACUACGGCAGCGACUUUUGCUUGGAGCUGAUGCAGGAAUCGAGCAUCAAAGCGGGACACUUCGGGACGAAUGUCGCCCCCGAGCGGACGGCGAUUGCGGUGCAGGCGGUCCUCUUGUCGCUGAACGUGUACGAGCGGGAUUCGAAGCACCCGGUCUGGCCAUCCAGUGUCGACUUCACUGCGUAUCCCUCGUGGGAUGACUACCCGACCAACGCGAACUUCCUGCCUCCUAAGCUGACUGAGAAGCCAGCUGUCAUGAAGCUGGUCGAGCGCACUGGAUCGACGCUUGCGACCAUCGCCCUCGCGUGCAGCAAGACCGUCGGGAGCAUGUCUGUAUUUGACGAGCAGUGGACAUACUCGAGGUUGCACCCUGCGUACGAGGAGCCGCACAACUACGUCGUCCGCCGCAACCCGGAGGGCGGCAGUGUCGCCUACCCAAUGAACCUCGUGUCGUACAUCAGCAUCUUGCAGACGUGCUUCCAAGCAUGGCCGCGGUUGCUGGACGAGUCCAUCGCUGUCAGCGACGCGAUUGACAUGCUGCUGCGGGGUGCCGUGCACGUCGAGCCCUUGCUCGCGGAGGUGGCCGUCGCUGCGCUCAAGCGAUUCAUGGAGGACGACGGGCACGCGUCGAUGCUGCUCUCGCGCUUCUGGAUCUUCCUGUUCCACCCGUCGCGGAUUGCGCAGGACACGGGCACGAAGCUCACGCUGGAAUCUGCUUUGUUGCGUCUCUGGGUCGACGUCGUGGAUCUCUGGAUCCGCUCGUUCCUGCAGCGUCCGAGGAACUCGAUGAAGGACGAGCAGAAGUUGCUAACGUCGCGCGGUCCGGAGGUGGAGGCAGCCGCUUUGUUCCUGCUCUCGCACGAUACAGGCCCGGUACACUCAGCGGGUGUGAAGAUCAUGCGCUUGCUGGGGCUACUUGUCAACCACUUCUAUCCUACGCCUCCGGGUCCAGAAGAGGGUCCGCAGACCGCCAUGCACUACGUCGAGCUCUUUCACGGGCGUAUCACAAUCGGCAAGACGUACUUCACGGGCUUUGACGACUUGUUAGACAAGCCCGAGCUAGCGCGGCUAGAGCAGUGGUGCGAGUCGAAGAAGCCAGACGUGCUCCUGCGUAUUGCGGAUAGCAGCAACGACAAGGAUCGCAAGUUAUGGCGAUUCAUCUUCCCCGCGUUCUUGCAACAGGCCAUGGACUCGGCGCAUCCGCUGCCGUCGACCCUGCGCGAGAGUAUCGCGGCUGCGGCUUCGAAGUACCAUCCCACGAUAUCGCAACUAGCCGGGUUGAGCAGCCGCCCCAUGGGCAUCUCGUCACGAACGAUGCACUCAACCGAGAAAGAUGGCUCAAAGUUGGUGAAGGAGAACAGGGACAUCAUCGAUCAGUGGAGUCUAUGGGUCAAGAUCCUCUCCUCCACGGCGAAACUCUCCGAGUCUUCGCGUCCGGCGCUUACACAGCUUGGGCGAGAACACUCGCGAGCCCCGUCAGAUGCCAACUUCGAGCGCGAGCGCCUCUCCACCACUCGUGGUCUCUUCCGAUAUCUUACACCUUUCCUGGACUCGGAAUACACCCUCUUCCGAGACGCAGCUGUUGUCUGCAUCAGUUCAUUCCCGUCAAACGCCUAUCCGCAGCUCUUGGAAGACCUUAGUCUCCUCGCUGGACGCCAAUUCUACGACGACCCCCGUGCCAAGGCACCAACGCUGGUCCUUGAAUCUAACCUGCAUCCCACCACGGCACGACAAUUUCACGAUGACUCUCGCUACAAGCCAAACACUGGUCUCAUCAACGAGCGUGUACGGCGUCAGGAACGCCUUCACUCUGCAGUUGCCCACAUCUACUACCUCACGGCCCCGUUUGUGCAGCACCAGCGUGCUGCGGGCAAGCAAGCGGUGCUCGCACACGUUCUCAAGUUCAUUCGCAACACCCAAACCUUCCUCACCUCUCUCGAUGCCCGCGACAAUCAUACCCUUCAACGUCUGCGACGAUAUUUCUGCGGUACGCUAGAGCGUGUCUUCGAUGGCCUAGCGUCGUUGAAGGACACGGACCGCUUCAUUCCUUCGCACAUGCACCUGUCGUUAUACCGGCUAUGCGAAGAAUGGUGCCAAUUUGGUCCCCAAUCUGAGGCUGUCAGGCAGCGCCUCAUCCUCAUGCAGCGGGCUGCCGCGUCCACUAGACAGCAAGAGGAGUUUCAGCAGGAGACCUCCCAGCUUUCAUAUGCUGCUGUGGGUGCCAUGGCCGUGCUUUGCCAAAAAGCACUUUAUCCACCCGAUAUGUCCUCUGGAUCUCCGACAGACAAGCCCCCUCCCGAGCAUCUCAAGGCAUUGACCCCUAUGAACGUCCUCGAGCGACUGAGCGCGAUUCUGACGUCUGGACACGUCCCAACCCAGAAUCGUGGCAAGAAAGCCCUUCGAUCCUUAUUGACCUGCCCGCAAGCAGAUACGGAGCUGUUCGAGGAGGCCCUACGUCGUGCCAUUGUAGCUUCGGACGAGCCCGCGACCAGCUAUGGCAGAUUCUUCGAGGUUGUCGAUGACAUUGUUACGACCACUGUCAACCACGGCUUUUCAUUCGCUCAAGUGGUCUGGCUAGGACUGUCGAAUCUAUGCCACAAAAGCCUGAACGUCCGUCGACUGGCGUUCGACAUGCUUGAAGCUGUUCACCACCAAACUGGAGGCACCAUGUCGAUGUCGCAAUUCGAGCCCUCGAUCAGCAGCUUAGCGGCCACGACCUAUGUGCGCGCCCAUCACCAGAUCUCACAGCUCCUUGCCGCCGAACACCUCCAUGAAGCGCCGAACAUGCUCAGCACUCUUGCGCUUUGGCUUCCACUGUUCCCGUCCUCGCCCACCGUCGUCAACACGCCCAUUCUCUUGCUGCAAAGCCUCGAGAACUGGGUACCGAACAUCGAGCUUAUGACGGAGGACAAGUCAGGGCUGUCGCGUGCAGGGCAGACAGCGAUGUAUCAUAUGCUUGCCCUCACCAAGCAUUUCAGUCAGACGCACUCGGAGCAGGUGCUCUCGAUCUGGACGAAACUCGUAGAGCCCCCAAAUCAGGCCAACGGGCAUGCGACGGUCCGAUUUCUACUCGAGCAAUCCCCGAAGGUGGGCAGCGCGCCGUUCAUGGAGUGCGCGGCGACCAUCGUAGCAUCGCUAUGCCAAACCUCAUCCGGGCGUCAGAUCUUCGAAGAUCUGGCUUCUGUCAUCGAGCCGGCACGUAUGUUGCCCACUAUCGAGCAUAAGCUGGAGUUUCCCAACGCGCACGACAUGGAGUUGUGGUCGGAUCUGGACGCAAUCUUCGGGGAGGAUCAUCCCAGGUUGCAGUUGGGCUCGGCGCAGUAUGCAUGGCUAUAUCUCUCCGACGUCGCCCUUCAGCGUUAUUGGGAACUUCAAGCCCAGCUUCCGGUGCUCCUACAGGCCCUCUUCAUACACAUGGACCAUCGCAACUCCUCCAUUCGACAGCGAGCCACGCGCAUGCUCUUCCAGAUACUCCGCUCGUGGAUACCUGGAUACGACGAGCUCCCGGACCAGGCGCUCAAUCCUGGCCGACAGACUCUCAAAGCCAUUGUGACGCGCCUGGAAAAGGAGGUCGAGCUCAAGUGUUGGCGGGAGGACGAAACAGCAGCCGAGGUAGAACCCAAGAUGAAGUGGCUUUGCGGGGAGGUUCUGGGCAUACUCGCGCCUCUUUGCCCUGAUUUGUCGGAGAGAUGGGGAUCGUUGGCACUCACCUGGGGCACGGCCUGCUCGAUUCGUGGCAUAGCGUUCCGGUCCUUGCAGCUUUUCCGUGCGUUGACACCGCGGGUGAAGAAGAACGACUUCGCCAUCCUGCUCGGGCGUCUGACCAACACGAUCUCUUCUUCCGACGAGAACAUGCAUGCCUUCACCUCCGAGGUCAUCUCGACGAUCAACACCAUCGCAACCUUGGGCGAGCUGGACGCGAGCAUCGUACCUCAGUUGUUUUGGUUCGCGUGCGCCGGGUUAUCGACGACGGUGGAGCAGGAGUUCUCCCAGAUUCUCGAGCUUCUGCAUACGCUCAUACGACGCGUCGACUUGGACGACCAGAACACGAUCGAUCAUCUGCUGUCACAGCGACCGGUGGAGUGGAAGGGGUCGACCUCGCUACAGAGCCCGUUGAUGAAAGGCCUCCGGUCGGCGAACACGUCGGAGGCUACGAUGAAGGUCCUUCAGCAGCUUGCGAAGUUUAGGGAUGGGCGUCUCAUUGACACAACGGAGGACCGCUUACGCGAACUCUACACGGUGGCCCUGCCCUGGUGCUUGGAGGCCAUGUCGAAGGAGGCGCCUAAGCCGCAACUCGCUGAGUUCGCGGAGAACAUCAGCGAACUCGCGACGCAGGAGGGACGACAAAGCAUCUCGCGGAUCAUGGUGUCCUUCGCCAGAGGACACUUCAGGACGAGAGACGACUUCUUGCGGCAGUCGGCCUUGAGCUUGCGCGAACAUUACGGCCAACGGUACUGGACGGAAACUGUCACGGCCUUGCUCAGCUUGGUGCUUAACCGCCAGUCAUGGCUUCGGGUACAGGCAAUGCAGCUGCUGAAGAUGCUGUUCCAGCAGCGCGAGACGCGUGGGCCGGUCGAGCUUUUGGGGUCAGAGCUACUCAUGCCGCUGCUGCGGUUGUUGGAGACGGACCUCGCGCUGCAAGCGUUGGACGUCUUGGAGGAGCCGAUCGUCAUGUCGGGUGGCGGCCCGGCGGCCAAGCACGUCCUGCGCAUGAGCAUGCACGCCGGCUCGCUCAUGAAGAAUGCCGACACUGUCACCACCGUCUUCGGCGUGCCCGACGAGUCUGGCUGGUGCAUCGCGAAGGCGGACUCCGUCCGCGAAGCUUGCCGCGCGAACGUCAUGGCCGUAUUCGAUACUUGCCAGAUCCACACACGGCCCUCGCAGAUCAGCUUCCAGCCCGAGGUCGAAGUGCUCGCGAUGUCGCCGAUCUCGCUCACGCACCGUCGGGACCAGUCGGAGGACGACCUGAAUGACCUCGUACAGAACCUGCACGAGCUCACGACGUUCUUCCAGGACAACGAUACGGCCAAGCGACGGAGACCUACGCCUGCGAUAUACUCGACGGGGCCGAAUCGGCGACUGGAGGCGAGGGUGGCGGCAAUCCUGGCGAAGUCGACGGCUGCGGAGACGGUGUCGGACGCGCCGCAGACGCCAUUCUUGGACGUAUUCCGGGUGGGCAACGGGAGCUCGACGGACGCGGACGAGGAGGACGAAGAUUCGGAUGAGUACUCAGACGAGAGUGAAGAGGAGGAUCUGUUUGUUUUCGACUCGCAGUCCGUCUAUCGCGGGCACGAUGCGAGGUAUCACUAAGAUCGAGUAGAUAUAGCUUUCGCAUUGCUUUCUCAGGGCGCUUAUUUCCCCUUGUACACUAUCUUCGCUACCUAUAGCUACCUUUCACGCACCAUCGACGUUGGCUCUUUAGCUUACUUUAUGACCUCUCUAUUGGUGGACAUUGGGAUCUUCUUAUGACAUCUACGUUCUCUCCUUCCCUCUCCGACCUCUGAAUGUGACAUUGGGCCAUGAAGUCAGCUCUCUUCUCUGCGCC